AUGUCGUACCUUGAGGAAGACAAUGUUACACGCUUCCUUCUCCCCCAGGGCGUCGGCAACACGGAAGACAUAGAGAGAUACCAGCCCGGGGGUUUUCAUCCUGUUCACCUAGGUGACAGAUAUGAUGACGGACGCUAUAGAGUUGUACACAAGCUCGGCGCCGGUGGGUUUUCCACUGUUUGGCUUGCGCGAGACGAGAAUGAGGAAAAGUGGGUGGCUCUGAAAAUCGUUGAUGCUGAGCAUUCCGCUUCGACUGCUACAAAGAGUGUCAUCAGUCGCUCAGCCUUGCGGGACAGCGGAGCACAGUUUGUGGCGGAGCAUCACCGACACUUUUCCUUCGACGGACCAAACGGGCGCCAUUUAUGCCUCGUUCUGCCCGUCCUCGGCCCGUCGAUGUCCGAGCUAUCGCAUGGCCUCACUUGCCGACUCACAGCGCGGCUCGCUCGCAGAGUGGCUUAUCAGGCCACGAAAGCGGUCGCAGACCUCCACUCACGAGGCCUAUGUCAUGGAGGCAACCUUCUCCUGAGCAUUUUAGACAUCGACCACUAUGAGGAAGGCGACAUCUACCGCCUGUUCGGCCAACCGACGACGAGUGUGCUGGAGACAGAGUCUGGCAUAACACCCGGUCCUGAAGCGCCACGAUAUAUAGUGAAGAGCAUUGACUUUCUGUCUACUCCAUCAAAUAUCAUCCGUCCUGACGUCAACCUCGUUGACUUCGACCAAUGCUACCCUACCUCUUCGCCGCCACAGAAAAUGCUAGGUACCCCCAUCGAUUUUCUAGCGCCUGAAGUUGCAGUAGGCCUGGCAGCUGGUCCUGCGAGCGAUGUUUGGGCUCUCGGUUGCUGCAUAUUUCGACUUAGGUCUGGAGAAGGCCCUUUUUCGAACCCCUUUGACGUCACUUCUCCGGCGGAUCUGCUAAGCUACAUCAUCCAUACUCUGGGGGAAGAUAUGCCGCGUAAGUGGCAGGAUAGUACCCUGUGGGACCCCGAGGGGCAUCCGACAAAGGAUGCUGACAAAGGAAAACCACAUGAGCAGUGGUGGGAUGGUGACGAAAGGUCCUUGCGAGAUAUGGUUUAUAACAUAUGGGAUGAACCAAAGACCCGUGUCGUCCAGACCGGCAACCUGAAGUCGAGGCGGAGGUUUUGGCGUGAGCAUGAGCACCAACCUUUUCCCCGGUGCUUCUCGGAUAUGGUGUGGAACCCAAGAGCCAUAAAGGUAGACAAUGUCUAUCUGUCCGGCUAUAAUGACGAGUGGGACAUGCUGCUUGAGGCUCUGCCCAAGAUACCAAAGCAGGAAGCUGCCUUGCUCUACGACCUCUUAUCAAAGAUCUUUGUCUAUGAUACGACAAGGCGUCCAACAGCUAGGGAGAUGCUUAAUCACCCUUGGUUUCAUCUCGAUGAGCUCAGGUAUUGA